AUGGAUAAUAAACUCAGUGCAGAAUCGCUUGAAGACGUGUUUGCUCGUCUAAGAAGCGCUGAAAAGCAGAUUCCGUCUGUAGUGGAAGAUACUGUCGAGGACAUCAAGCACGAAUUAGAACACAUGUUUCUCACACCUCAACAGAGCUUUCCAUCCUCUUGGUUGAGCAAAUGUCAAGAACACUGGGAAGAGACGCCCAACUAUGCUGAAAAUGCUUACUCGCAACUGUCCAAGCCGAGAACAAACAUCCAAGUAGCACGCAAAGGAUUUGAUGGCGACAUUAUUGGUUUCAAAGAAGUGAUCAUGGAUGAUCCCAAUCUCGCAUCUAACAACUCAACCAGCUUUUCCAGAGCUUUUGGAUCUACCAAGGACUUUGUGCGUGGAUCAGCUUCACAGUUUCCUUUUGCGCCUGGAGGAUUGGACACUGAAGUGAUUGUGAAUCACGACAAUGUGGACGAGAACAAUGUCGAUUUGGAUGUGGACAUUGACUUUUUCAACUUUGACGACAAGGACUCCAAAGUGAUUGCACCUGGAUUGGACAGAGGACUCGCCUUUGGAGAUGAGAUAGACAGCGAGACACCAGGCACAGCUAGCAAGAAUGCAGUGUUCAACAUGGAAGACAUGAUGGCGCCCGUGGAUGAUGCAUUCGACUUUUUGAACGUCAAAGGAGCACCUGUGAACGUUGUGGCAGAGAACGUGGUUGUAGAUGACAGCCAUACUGAAGAAGUAGAUGCAUUACUACCCACCACAUUGCCGCCCCAGAAGGACCUGGCACCCAAAAAGUUGACAACCACUACCAAUGAAGCGCUUAAACGUCGUGAAUGGGCGCACGAGAUUAAUGUCAAUGAGCCGUUUGAUAACUUUUACGACUUGGUGCCUGAGAUGGCAAUGCAAUUUCCCUUUGAAUUGGACAUCUUUCAAAAGCAGGCCGUAUAUCAUCUGGAGAUUGGAGACUCAGUAUUCAUUGCAGCACACACAUCAGCUGGUAAAACUGUGGUAGCCGACUAUGCCAUUGCCCUUGCUACCAAGCACAUGACCAAAGCCAUCUACACGUCGCCUAUCAAGGCACUGAGUAACCAAAAGUUCCGUGAUUUCAAGCACACGUUUGGCGAGGAUGUCGGCAUCUUGACGGGUGAUGUGCAGAUUCGACCUGAAGCCAGCUGUCUGGUCAUGACCACUGAGAUUCUGCGCAGUAUGCUUUACAGAGGUGCAGAUCUUAUCCGUGAUGUUGAGUUUGUGAUUUUUGACGAAGUGCACUAUGUCAAUGAUUUGGAGCGUGGCGUUGUAUGGGAGGAAGUCAUCAUUAUGCUGCCUGCGCAUGUCAACAUCAUCCUGUUGUCUGCCACUGUGCCCAACACCAAGGAGUUUGCUGGCUGGGUGGGUCGCACCAAGAAGAAGGACAUUUACGUGAUUAGCACAUUGAAACGACCUGUUCCUUUGGAGCACUAUAUUUACGCAAACAAGGACAUUUACAAGAUUGUGGGUGCCAAUGAAACCAAGCUCAACACCAUUGGAUACAACAAGGCCAAGGAUGCCUUGAUGAAGCGCAAAGAGCAAGUGGACAAGGCAAAUGGCGUAUCGACCAACGCGCGUGGAGGUCGUGGCGGUGGUGGAGGCCGUGGUGGCGGAUCUAGAACCAUGACCCGGAGCUAUCAAUCAGGCAUGCAAACAGAUCGCAACUUGUUUGUCCACUUGAUUGGCAUGUUAAAGGCCAAGACACUGCUGCCUGUCGUCAUCUUUACCUUCUCCAAGAAGCGCUGCGAGGAGUAUGCCAGUGGUUUAUCCAAGACCGAUCUGUGCACCAGUCUCGAAAAGAGCGAAAUUCAUGUGUUUAUUGAACGCAGCUUGGUCAGGCUGAGAGGAACUGACAAGUUUCUGCCUCAAAUCUUGAGAAUGCGAGAUUUACUGAGUCGUGGUAUCGCUGUGCACCAUGGUGGGUUGCUGCCCAUUAUCAAGGAAAUUGUGGAGAUUCUGUUUGCUCGAGGUUUGGUCAAGGUUUUGUUUGCCACAGAGACAUUCGCUAUGGGCGUCAACAUGCCUGCGCGUUGUGUGGUAUUCUCAGGUAUUCGCAAGCACGAUGGCCGUAGUUUCCGUGAUUUAUUGCCAGGUGAAUACACGCAAAUGUCGGGCCGUGCUGGUCGUCGUGGCCUCGACAGCACAGGUGUGGUGAUUAUCGCCACUGGAGGUGAUGAGCCACCAGAGAUAGCGUGUCUCUCCACCAUGUUGCUGGGCAAGCCCACCAAGUUGGAGUCUCAAUUCAGGUUGACGUACAAUAUGAUUCUGAAUCUACUGCGUGUAGAAGCACUCAAGGUGGAGGAGAUGAUCAAGCGAAGCUUCUCUGAAAACAGUGCACAGAAGCUGCUCCCCGAGACAAAGCGAUUGGUAGAUGAAAGCGAGCAGCAGCGCAGCGCACUUCGUCAGCUGGAUUGUGCCAUUUGCGAGCCUGAUUUAGAAAAGUUUUAUGAUGUCUGUGGCGAAGUCGUGCACUUGAACCGCACCAUGAUGACUCAAUUCAUCAGCAUGACACCUGCUGGCAACAGAGCCUUGUCCACUGGACGCUUGGUAAUUAUCAAUACAAAUGUGUACAGAAACGCACCUGCUAUGAUCUUGAAGCCAUUGCCGGUCAGCACAGCCAACUCGCAGCAUCGCUCAUUCUACUGUCUCGUGCUCCAGCCCAAGGAUUUGGACAUUAGCCAGUCGACAAAUUUGGACGAAACGACACCUCUGCCCAUCACAACCAUCUGCACCCCAGAGCAUGGCGAUGGUAAAACUGACAUUGUCACUGUGGGUGCACCUGAUAUUCUAUUUGUCACCCGUUUGUCUAUCAAGGCGGAUGUGGACGCAAUCAUGGCUGGUACUGAUUCCAUGGAGACGAUGCGUGUGCGUCAAGAGUUGGAGUCAUUUGGACAAGAUGCCAAGAAGGGGGGUGUGGUAGAGUUUGAUUGGAGCAAGAUCAAGGACAUGGAGUUCCAGGAGAUGCUGCGUUCCAAGAUGAGACUGAUGAAGCGACUUAGGACCGAAUUUCAGUGCACCAAAUGCCCUGAACUGGAUGAGCACUAUGGCCUUAUCCAUGACCACAAACGACUCUCCAGCCAAAUUGAUAUGCUCAAGAUGACCAUCUCGGAUCAAAAUUUGGAGCUGCUUCCUGACUACCACCAGCGUAUUGAAGUGCUUCGUCAGUUGAACUACAUUGACGAUCAAGGCACAGUCCAGCUCAAAGGAAGAGUCGCCUGCGAGAUCAACUCUGCGGAUGAAUUGCUGUUGACUGAACUGGUCCUGGACAAUGUGUUUGCUGAUUUCGAGCCUGCUGAGGUGGUGGCCAUCUUGUCAUGCUUUGUAUUCCAGGAACGCAAUGCCAGUGAACCUCGAUUAACACCGAAAUUAACCAAGGGCAAAGAAAUCGUCUUGACCUAUGCUCGAAAAAUCGCACAGCUGCAAGUGGAUUGUGGCCUUGCCAUCUCUGUGGAAGACUAUGCCAAUAAUCUCAAGUUUGGUCUUGUUGAGGUGGUGUAUGAAUGGGCACGAGGAUUACCCUUCAAGCACAUUACGGAUCUCACUGAUGUUUUGGAAGGAUCCAUUGUCAGAUGCAUCAGUAGAUUGGACGAAACGUGCCGAGAGGUAAUGGGUGCUGCUCGCAUGGUAGGAGAUACGAGUCUUUACAAAAAGAUGGAGCAAGCAGAGCAAGACAUUAAGCGCGAUAUUGUCUUUGCUGCAAGUUUGUAUUUCUAA